AUGGCUGCUUCAUCUCCAGACCCCUUUCAAGCGGCGUUUACCGAGGCUGCUCAUGAUUUCAAGUCCAAACUCAAUAAUGACGAUCUGUAUCGAGAAAUCCUGAAAGUUCAUUCCAUCGAUCAAGUCUAUGAUGUCACCGACAAGCUUCAGGCUGAGCAAGCGAAGAAAAAAGGCCGAAUGAGGAACCUGGCCAGGAUCAAGCCCUAUCUCGAGAAAUUACGCGAAUAUCACAAUGUUAUCAACGUGUUUGUUCAAGCGAAGCCUGACAUCAUGGCGCUCAUAUGGGGACCGAUACUUUUGCUCCUCCAGAUGGCAAGUUCAUUAGUGCAGUCUUUCGAUGCCAUCGUCGACAUGACAGGUCAAAUUGGCAAUCUGCUCCCUGAAUUCAAGGAGAUGACCACUUUGUUCUCUGAAAAUAAGGCCAUUAAGGGUGCUCUCGUGUUAUUUUUCCGCGACAUUCUCGACUUUUAUGUUGUCGCUCUCGAGCUUUUCGGCUUGAAUCGUUGGCACCUCUUUUUUGAAUCCGUAUGGCCCAAGCAAAAAGAGAAGAUUUCGAUAAUCAUAGGGCAUAUUGAACGGCACACAACUCUUAUACGGAGCGAGGUCCGGCUGGGGGAGAUUCGCGAGGAACACGAGGCCCGUAAAAGGCAGCUUGUGCAUUUCGAGUUGACAGAAAAGGCGAAAAGACUUCAAGAGUUCAAUAGAAUCAUGACAAGUCUCAAAAUCAAGAGCUAUGAUCGCGAUCUUGAUCGAAUCCGUGGUCGUACAUGUGAAGGGACUGGGAAGUGGCUGUUGAAGAAUAGUCUGUUUGUCAAGUGGUUGGACACCACCGACUACUCCUCCAACUUGCUUUGGCUGCAAGGGAUCCCCGGAGCUGGCAAAACCUUCCUAACUGCCACGGCCAUCAUGGAGUGCAUGAAUCACCACAAAACUGGGUUUGCUUUCCUUAGUCAUUCCCACAGUGCUGACACCACUGCUCUAUCAGUUGUACACUCGAUUAUCUCUCAACUCUCCUCGGAAGACGAAAAUUUGCAAUCCGUGGUCUGCCAGUCAGCAACAAACCGGCUCCGACUAGAGCUUGAUUCUGCCACCCAGCUCCUCCAAGACCUGGUUGCUUGUGUUGGCCCAACUUAUCUGGUUAUCGAUGGCUUGAAUGAAAUUGAAGAAAUCGAGCGAAAACGCCUACUUGAGAAGUUGGUGACGAUAACAAGCGCCUGUCGUGAGGCUCGGGUCAUGGUUUCGAGCCAAGCCCCAGACGACAUUGCGAAAGUCCUGAACCCUCUCGCACCAUCAGUACUUGUCCACGCGAAUAAUUUUGAAAGCAUUCAGGAAUUUGUCGAUCAAUGGACGCGAGAAUGGUUAAACGAGAAGAACUUUAUCCCAGAAUGCGAGCUGGAAAUCAGAGGCUUGCUUGCACCAAUUUCAUCAAAAGCUGCAGGCAUGUUUCUGUACGUUAAAAUCAUGCUAAGCAGCAUUGAGCUAUUGAGCGAGGUGGACGAGAUCCGAUCAGAACUUCGCGUUCUGCCUGAAAGCCUAGAUGAAGCAUACGGGAGAAUUUUCCGUCGUAUUAAUGCCCAAUCUUCUGACCUGAUUCGGGCAAAGUCGCGUACUAUAUUGGGUUGGAUAUGUUGCUCCUCAACCCCCAUGACUCUACGAGAGCUUGAGCAAGCCUUGGUGGUCCAUUCCAACCCCCAAGGUGGCUGUCGAGUAUCAUCGACCUUGAAUAUUAUCAAGUUGUGUGGGCCUAUUGUUGAAACGAUUGACGGUUUUGUGUACAUGGUGCACUUCAGCGUGAAAGAGUAUCUGUCUAGCCCUCGCAUCGAUGACUACAUUGAUGUCGCUGAGGCUACACUGAGCUUAGCAAUAUGCUGUAUAAGGUAUCUUUGUCAAGGCCAUCAUGAAGCGGAGCUCCAUAGCUCUCAGUUGGAAGAAAACAUCAUCAUGGGCAGAUAUCGGCUGCAUCACUACGCUCUGAGGAUGUGGCUGGAUCUUGUGGUCGCCUAUCUCGAUCGAAUCGAACCAUAUCCGCCUUCCACCAAUCUCAUUAAGAAUCUGGAAAGACUCGCGCAUUUUAGAUAUAAUCACAAAUUCGACAAGGGGACUGCCUUGGACGGAAUAGAGUAUCCAGCGGAAUUGCACACAAUUGAAGCAAACCACUCUGAUUUGUUUAAUAUUUUAAAACAUGCGGCGCAGUUCAUGCAAAAGGCUGAAAACUCGCAGUUUCAACUGAAAGAGCCUGAAUCCUGGCUCACUCUCACUCCAUUAACAAUAUUUCAAGUGGCGAGUAAAUUACAGCAAGAAUUUGAUAGAGAAUUUGCCUUGAAUUGUGGUCACGGCGAUGAUUGCGGCUGUAUCAGGGCAGAUCAGGCCGUGGCUGUUCGACAUUAUGGACAACAAAGGUUCAAAUGUGAAUUCAUUAGCUGCCCUGAUCAGCGUCUUGGCUUCACAACUCGCCAUUUGAGAAGCUUGCACCACAAGACUCACUCCCGAGUAUGGAAGUGCGAUGUUUCAUCGUGUCAUUAUUCAAAGCACGGGUUUCUUUCGGAGAGAAUGAGAAGAGAUCACCAACGCACCCACCACCUGGGAGGUGGUACCUCCGAUUCACGAUCCCUGGAUCCAGACAUGGACAAUUCUGAACUGAUGACCUUGCUAUUUGAUUGUGUGUACUCGAAUGACACAAGCACAGUGAGCGAAGUCAUGACUCUGAAAAAAAAGCAAUACCAUCUAGUCCUGUCUAAAGAACGCAUGGCAUGGGAUAAGUUCAUGGACGAAUUGAAACGAUUCGCUGCGUAUUGUGGAACAAAAGAAAUGUUAAAGGUCACAUUACAAAAUUCUGAUCUCAGCCAGUUUUAUUUUGGGACUGCCUCUGCUAUUCAGGGUCAAAACAUGGACACACUGAAGUGGCUGCUUGGAGAACUAGGGAGAGCAAGCGGUGGUUGGGAGUUGGAAGCUUCAGUGUCAAAAUGCAUCUCAGCAUACAUAGCUACGGGCUCGACGGAGAUACGGGACACUUGUUUGCCACAUUUCAUUCAGUAUGUACCACAUAAUCUUACAGUAUCCAAAGGAUGCUUCACAGCCGAGGUGAUAAAGGCCACUUCUAAAGACCCUGAGCGCGAGGGCCUCCUCAUCGGGAUCUGGGGCGCAUUAGAAAAAGAGCAGCAUUUUCAAGUUGGGCUAAAUCAUGUUGCCGAUACGACAUGUUCUAUUCGUCUUGCAAAAUAUUUAUUAGAGCACGGGGCGGCCACUGACGCUCACCGAGGCGAGACAAUACGAACUCCUUUGCAUCGCGCUUGUCGCAAGGAUACCGCCGAAGCAGCAGAAUUCAUCAAAUUCCUGCUGUAUCAAGGGGCCAGCCCAAAUUCAAGCGCAGUACCACAAGCACCAAGGGGCAGCAAGCGAGAUGGUCAAAAACCGAUUCGUGGCCCCAGGCGUGUUGCUUCCGACGAGAUAGGCGCCAAAAACAUUUCCCAAUGGCUUGGGAUACCAUGGGAAGAGCUCGUGCGAAGAGUUCGAGUGGACAGAGAUAAUGGAAUAAAAUGGCCAGGAUCAUUUCCUACAGUCAGUACAACUCAAUAG